AUGUAUAUUCUAACUCAACAAUACACUAUGCUCAAUUCAAUCCCAAUAAUAACCGUGUUUGUAUUACUGGCCAACAUGAUUGACCAUGGACAGUGUCAACAGGAACGGUACCAAGAAUUCGGUGGGGCAAUUAUGGAUGCGAUGGACGACCAACUAAUAACAUCGUGCAAAAACACAAUUAACGCAGAUGUGCACCUGUGUGAGCAAGGUAUACGUUGGGAUCAGUACCCCGAUGCAACCACCGAUGAGGGUAAAAAGCAUACAUGUUGCCGAUUAUGGGAGUCCUUUAAUUGCACACUUCAAUUUAUCAAGUUAUAUGAAAUACACAAAUGUACGGCCGAUGAGUCUAUAGCGGUACAGAAGUAUUACAAUGGUCAAAUUAUCACCAAUAAUCAACACAACUGCGUUUCCUACCCAUAUGAGAUAAUCCAAUACUUGUCGCUCACAUCGACCACAAACUGUGGUAAAGAGCUGUUAGCGAUGAUCUCCUUAGGAUUGGCCGGCAAUUUAAAGUCAAUCCAACGGUACGUACGGUUGACAGUGCCGUCGGGCGACCCCUUCUGGUCAAUGAACAACACAGAAUCCAUACCACGUGAUCGGUUUGGGUUUGAGCUGAGGAGGAAUAAAAUGGUCACAAUAUUAGUGAUUAUUGUAAUGAAUGACAUAAAUUUGGCUCACGAGUUGGCCGUUCCGGUGGACAAUACCCUUGAGAUCGGCCGACAAUUGCCACGAAUACGAGCCCUUAAACACGUAAUACUCGGAUCCCAACCAACCAAUGUGACAAACAAAAGUGGUGUCAAUGAGUCCGUUGACUGUCUUGUGGCAGAUGUCGGCGUUUAA